AUGUUGUCUGCUUUCAUUUCUAAAACAAAAAUGAAAAUUUGCAUUCGUGAAGCACAACUUGCAUUUUGUAAGUUCAUGGUCAAGCCUUCCAUACUACUUGUCCUAGAUGAGCCAACUAAUUACUUGGAUAUACCUUCCAAAGAAAUGCUUGAGAUUGAUUUUAUGAAUUUUGAUAAUGAAGUUGACAAUGAUGCUGAAGAACCUGAUGAAGAUUUGAGUGACACUGAAGAAAAACGUUUAGUUGAUGACAGUGGAUGGUCUUCACGUACCAAGGCUAUUGGAAAAUAUCUCCAAAAUAUAUUUAAUAAGGAAGAAGAGAAUAGAAGAAAGGCUCUUCGUAUGAACAACCUUUUAAAUGAGAAAACUUGCAAGGAGGCAUCAAGAAUGUUUUUCAAAACUUUGGGGAGAGUCAACAUGCCUCUUGACUCACGUGCUAGAGAGAUGGCAUCAAUAUUAGACACUAUACUUGUACAAGCUCUGCUUUUAACCUCACAAUCUACUGCUGCAGGAAACUCAUAG